AUGGAGAUAUAUAACCCUAGCACUAGAAAAUCCAUUACUUUGCCUAAUGAGAGUUCCGCGGAUUACAUUUACUUGGGUUAUGAUCCCAUCGAUGGUGAUUACAAAGUGUUGUGUCUGGUAAAAGCACAAGACUUACGUGUUUUGACUGUGGGAAAGGAUACUUUUUGGAGGAAGAUUCAAGAUUUUCCUCCACACUUUCGUUGUUCUCCUUAUUCUCCUGAUCUAUCUCUAAUUGGUGUUUUGUAUUAUGGAGUUUAUCAUCAUCUCCCUGAUGGGAUUCUUCUCCACCCUGAUCAUUUGAUUCUUGCGAUUAUGAGUUUUGAUGUUAGGUCCGAAAUAUUUGAUCUCAUAAACCUACCAGAGUUACUAGACAAUGUCAUGCAUCCAAUUCUGACAACCUACGAGGGAAGGCUUGAAUUCUUUUGCAAUAUAAGACAUGGUGAUUCUACCUUCAUUUUGUGGGUUCUAGAGGAUGAUGUGAAACAUGAAUGGUCCAAACACUUGUACGUUCCACCUCCAUUAGAUGGCCAUACUUAUGAUGAUUUUCUUGCCUUUUGUUUUAUUGAUGGAGGUGAAUUUGUUUUGGCACCCCGACCGUUUCGUAGUGAAGAACCAUUUUAUGCUGUCUAUUAUGAUAUCAAGAAAAAUGCUGUUGGAAGAGUCUUCAUAGAAGAAAUAUUCACAUAA